AAUAAGAAGAGUGCAGCUGAGAGCAUGUUGGAUGUGGCUCUCCUGAUGGCCAACGCCUCCCAGCUUAAGGCAGUGCUGGAGCAGGGACCACAUUUGUCCUUUUAUGCCCCCAUCGUCACCCUAAUCAGCAUCUCCCUGUGUCUGCAGGUCACAGUCGGGGUCCUGCUUAUCUUCAUAGUAAGAUGGAACCUGAAUGAUGAACAAAAGCACCGGAGGCUGAACACUUUGGAAAACUUGGCCACGGGCCUGGUUUUCAUCAUCGUGGUGGUUAACAUCUUCAUCACAGCCUUUGGAGUCCACCAGCCAAACGGCAGCAACUGACCAAGAACACUCACAGGUAUCCUUUUAGCUCUUUGUUUUCACCCUCUUACUCUGCUCCCAUCUCUAUUCAAACUGGUGUUUUCUCUCUUGCCUCUCUGUGCAGUUUGUUCCUAUAGACAUCCAUGUAGUCAGCAUGUUUUUGGUCAUUCCCCUCCCUGACCUACAAACACACUGACCUCUCCAGGACCACAGAGAA